AUGGGAGAGGAGACUCUCCGACACGCCUUCUGGGACUGCGGCUUCGCCAAGUGUACCUGGAAUUUUGACAAGCUGAUCCGAGGAUGGGACGCCCGCCGUGGCAAGAAGGACAUUGAUUUCCUCCUGCUCCUCGUGAUCAGCCUGACGAAGAAGAUGCUGUGGGACUGCAGGGACCUUUUGGUCCAUAAGAACUUUGUACCUAGUGCAGCCGGUGUCUGCAACAAGGGGGGUAAGACUGUACACACCCUCACUGUGCUAUACCACUCACAGGGGGUGGUCCACCGCGACCUGAAGCCCAGUAACAUCCUGUAUGUGGACGAGUCGGGGAACCCUGAGUCCAUCCGAAUCUGCGACUUCGGCUUCGCCAAGCAGCUCCGUGCAGAGAACGGCCUGCUCAUGACCCCCUGCUACACCGCCAACUUUGUCGCCCCCGAGGUGCUGAAGAAGCAGGGCUAUGAUGCAGCCUGUGACAUCUGGAGCCUGGGAGUCCUGCUGUACACCAUGUUAACAGGCUUCACGCCUUUCGCCAAUGGACCGGAAGACACCUUGGAGGAGAUCCUGGCCCGGAUCGGCAGCGGGAAGUUCAGCCUGACGGGGGGGUACUGGAACUCCGUCUCUGCCGAAGCCAAGGACCUGGUGUCGAAGAUGCUGCACGUGGACCCCCACCAGAGGCUGACGGCUGCCCAGGUGCUCCGGCACCCCUGGAUUGUGCAUAAGGACCACCUUCCCAAAUACCAGCUCAACCGACAGGACGCCCCGCACCUGGUGAAGCGGAUCGGUGCUGCUGGGACCGGUGCAGUUUGGACCGGCCCCAUGCAGCUCCAUGGAAAGGCCUCUCUGCGGAACUCGAGUCUUACAGGCUGCAGCAAGAUGCAGCCAGAUCAGACCGGAUCAGACUGGAUUCUGAGUCCGGUUUCCCUCAUUACCGGGGUGACAGCAGACCGAUGA